AUUGACCAGAGAGUACUACAGGUGGUAAAAGUUCAAAAAUAUGAAAGUCAAUUUGUUCACUUUUAUGCUGUUUUCUGCGAUAAUAGCAGUAACUUACGCUUAUUCUCUGCCUGAUUCGAUCCGGAAAGAUAAUAAGGAAAGAGUUCCUUCUACCCCAGACGAAAUACCACCUUACGAUGAUAAACCACAUCCCGAAACAAGACCUUCCAAACCUUUUCCCACCGAACAACCACCCUAUGAUCCUCAACCAUAUCCCGAAACAAGACCUUCCAGCAAAUUCCAAGGCGAACCACCAUCUUUUGAACCUCAGUCAUAUCCCGGAUCAGGACUAGAACUGGACCCAGAACACCUUCGUUUCCGUAGGUCUCCUAAAGACGCCAAGAAUGAAAUUACCGUCAACGAUAACCAAAAAAAAGACGCCGGUAUCGUUGAAAAUAAUUAUAGACCCAUCCGGAACAAAGGUAAGCCUCAAUUUGGAGCUUGCGGGUCCUACCCAUGGGAUUAG